AUGACAGAGCCAGCUAACAUUUCGAAGGUAAUUGUCGUUGGCGCUGGACCAGCAGGCCUGAUCCUCGCCCUCCUCCUAAGCAAGGGUAACAUCGCAGUCGACAUCUACGAUGCUGGAGAUGGACUUGACAGCGCCCCAAGAGCAACUCACUACUCGUCUCCAUCUAUUCACGAGUUAAGACGAGCAGGCAUCAUCGAUGAUGUUCGAGCCAUGGGAUUCAGUCCAGAUGGGGUGACCUGGCGAGAUAUUAACGGCAAGGUACUUGCAGGAUUGUCAACCGCAUCGCUUCCCGAACAAGACAAGAUGCUCUGUCUGCCGCUAAAUAAGCUGAUGGUGAUCAUCAAAGAACACCUCGAUCGACAAGCAAAUGUGCACAUCUAUUGGGGCCACAAAGUGGUGAACCUUCAUCAGGACCAAGCUCAAGCACACAUCGUUAUGCAAACAUUGGAGGGAGAGAAGACGGCGUCCGCAGAUUAUAUUGUUGGAUGUGAUGGAGCAAACAGCCAGAUCCGCAGAUCUCUCUUUGGCGACAUGGCCUUCCCAGGCAGAACAUGGGAGGAGCAAAUUGUGGCUACGAACGUCUACUACGACAUGAAGCCCUACGGCUGGGCAGACGCAAACUUCAUCAUCGAUCGUGACAAUUGGGGUAUGGUCGCGAAGAUUGGCACCGAUGGCCUUCUACGGAUCACAUACGGCGAUAUCCCAGGUCUGACGCGCGAGGAACUGAUUGCACGACAGCCCAUGAAGUUCAAGCAGUUCCUCCCUGGCAGACCAGAUCCGGACAAGUAUAAAGUCGUUAAUAUAAGUCCGUACAAGGUGCAUCAACGAUGCGCAGAGAGCCUACGUGUUGGGAGGUUUCUGCUCGCUGCUGAUGCUGCUCACCUUUGUAAUCCGUUUGGAGGUCUCGGCCUUACAGGUGGGCUGGUAGACGUUGGGAAUCUGUACGACUGCUUGUACGGGAUCCAUCGUGGCUUGGCGGACGAAAGUAUCCUCGACAGAUACAGCGAGGUCCGGCGACAGAAGUACAACGACAUAAUCGACCCGGUCUCCAGCGCGAAUAUUCGACGACUGUGGUCUGAUCCAGCGAAAGUGGUGGAAGACGACGAGUUCUUCCACAUGUGCGCAACGGCCAGCAAAGAUCCAGGGUUCAGCCAAAAGAUGCAGCUGGGUCUCAAUGCGAUCAUGCACGACUUCAGGAAAGAAUACAGACCAGUUGGCCAUGCUGUGCCCGUGUGA